UAAGGGCACGGGCAUUUUUGACCCAAUAAAUAGUUCUCUGACAAGGCUUAUAAAUGUAGCAAGAGUUUCGACUCCCUUUGCUCCAUUAACUCCAAUGGCAAGCUUCAUCUCUACCCAAAACUCCCCUCUACUCACAAAUGGUGCCACCAAAGAAGAACAAAGCCACAAAAAUCACCAAGAAUCCCCUGAUAUAAUACUCUCUGAGCUUCCAAAAGAAAGAGGUUGGCUGAGUGAUCAGCAUGUACGCCAAUAUAAUGGCUUUUGGUAUCCCACUGUAAUUCUCCAAGGUCUUAUAGCACUUCAGCAAAACCACUAUAAACCAAAACCAAAUGAUGUCUUAAUAGCCAGUUACCCAAAAUCUGGCACCACAUGGCUCAAGGCCCUUCUUUUUUCCAUUACAAACAGAGCAAAAUACAAUUUUAACACACAUCCUUUGCUCUCUUCAAACCCACAUGUGUUAGUACCUCACUUAGAGGGCUAUGCUUUUAAGCACCCAACAAAUCCAACACCAAACUCUUCUCUAAUGCAAUCUCAUCUUGCUUUCAAUUCUUUACCAGAGUCCAACUGCAAAAUAGUGUACGUUUUUCGCGACCCGAAAGAUGUGUUAGCUUCUUUGUGGCAUUUUGUCCAGAAAUUAAGACCCAAAGACCUGCCACCCAUUUCUCUACCAGAAGCAUUUGACCAGUUUACUAAAGGGUGCUCCCCUUUUGGUCCAUUUUGGGACCAUGUAAUGGGAUAUUAUAAGGCCAGCUUAGAAUUUCCAAAGAGGGUCUUUUUCUUGAAAUAUGAGGAUUUGAAGAAAGAUCCAAUCUUUCAUGCAAAGAGAUUAGCAGAGUUCUUGGGGCAGCCUUUUUCCUUGAAGGAAGAAAGUGAAGGUAUUGUUGAGAGAAUAACAGAGCUUUGCAGCUUUGAGAAACUGAGCAAUUUGGAGGUUAAUAAAGAUGGUACACGUGCUGGAUUUUUUAUUCCUACUAUUGCAAACAACACACAUUUCAGGCAAGGCAAAGUGGGUGAUUCCGAGAACCAUCUUUCACGGGAAAUGAUUGAGGUUCUUGAUGAAAUCACAAAGCAAAAGUUAGGUUUUGAUUUGAUGACCACAUCCAUCACUGUGCAGCAAAAGGUAAAAAGGAUUGAGACAGACAAGAAUCAUAGCAACUAGCAUGAUUUUCUUCCUGAGGAAAUUGUCCAAUAAAUUGAUUUUUCUUUUACUCUCUCCUUUUCUUCAGUUGUUUUGGUUACCACAUGUAGUUCAUGUCGCAGCUUUGGUUCUUGAUUACAAUAAAUGUGUACCAGCUCUCUCACAAUUUACGUGACAUUUUCAUUUUUUGA